CGCGGUCAGGACGUCGAAGCCAAAGAAGACCAGAGCCAGCCGGGUGGCCGAGCGGUGUCGUGGCCGUGUUGCUAAUCGCCUGGGUGGUUGUUGGCGUGUCCCUGCAGCGAAGGGUCCUGGUUGACAGUGAAAAAGCAGUCUGGCUCCCGAGGUCCACCCCUUAUACCCCAAGGUCCAGAUGGCGGCCAACGUGGGUGAUCAACGUAGCACAGAUUGGUCUUCUCAGUACAGCAUGGUGGCUGGGGCAGGCCGGGAGAAUGGCAUGGAGACGCCGAUGCACGAGAACCCGGAGUGGGAGAAGGCCCGCCAGGCCCUGGCCAGCAUCAGCAAGUCAGGAGCUGCCGGCAGCUCUGCCAAGUCCAGCAGCAAUGGGCCUGUGGCCAGCGCACAGUACGUGUCCCAGGCAGAGGCCUCAGCUUUGCAGCAGCAGCAGUACUACCAGUGGUACCAGCAGUACAACUAUGCCUACCCCUACAGCUACUACUAUCCCAUGAGCAUGUACCAGAGCUACGGCUCCCCUUCCCAGUAUGGGAUGGCCGGCUCCUAUGGCUCAGCCACACCCCAGCAGCCAUCCGCACCCCAACACCAAGGGACUCUGAACCAGCCCCCAGUCCCCGGCAUGGAUGAGAGCAUGUCCUACCAGGCUCCCCCUCAGCAGCUGCCGUCGGCUCAGCCCCCUCAGCCCUCAAAUCCCCCACAUGGGGCUCACACGCUGAACAGUGGCCCUCAGCCUGGGACAGCUCCAGCUACACAGCACAGCCAGGCGGGGCCUGCCACGGGCCAGGCCUAUGGGCCACACACCUACACUGAACCUGCCAAGCCCAAGAAGGGCCAACAGCUUUGGAACCGCAUGAAGCCGGCCCCUGGGACUGGAGGUCUCAAGUUCAACAUCCAGAAGCGAACCUUUGCUGUCACCACCCAGAGCUUUGGCUCCAACGCAGAGGGCCAGCACAGCGGCUUUGGCCCCCAGCCCAACCCUGAGAAAGCUCAGAACCACAGCGGGUCCUCUGCCCGGGGGAACCUGUCUGGGAAGCCCGAUGACUGGCCCCAGGACAUGAAAGAGUACGUGGAGCGCUGCUUCACCGCCUGUGAGUCAGAGGAGGACAAGGACCGCACGGAAAAGCUGCUCAAGGAGGUGCUGCAGGCGCGGCUGCAGGACGGCUCGGCCUAUACCAUUGACUGGAGCCGGGAGCCCUUGCCGGGGCUGACCCGGGAGCCUGUGGCUGAGAGCCCUAAGAAGAAGCGGUGGGAGGCCGCUAACAGCCUUCACCCGCCUAGAGGGGCAGGCUCGGCGACAAGGGGCGGGGCUGCCCCGUCCCAGCGAGGGACGCCCGGGGCUGGGGGUGCUGGUCGAGCCCGGGGCAACAGCUUCACCAAGUUUGGCAACCGCAACGUCUUCAUGAAGGACAACAGCUCUUCUUCCAGCACAGACUCUCGCUCCCGCUCCUCCUCCAGGUCCCCGACGCGCCACUUCCGCAGAAGUGACUCCCACUCAGACUCCGACAGUUCCUACUCAGGGAAUGAGUGUCACCCUGUGGGCCGCAGGAACCCGCCCCCUAAGGGCCGGGGCGGUCGAGGGGCCCACAUGGAUCGGGGCCGAGGCAGGGCACAGCGUGGGAAGAGGCACGAUCUGGCUCCCACCAAACGCAGUCGAAAGAAGAUGGCGGCGCUGGAGUGUGAGGACCCAGAGCGAGAGCUGAAGAAGCAGAAGCGGGCAGCCCGCUUCCAGCACGGACACUCCCGCCGCCUGCGCCUCGAGCCCCUGGUGCUGCAGAUGAGCAGCCUGGAGAGCAGCGGGGCUGACCCUGACUGGCAGGAGCUGCAGAUCGUGGGCACCUGCCCUGACAUCACCAAGCACUACCUGCGCCUCACCUGUGCCCCCGACCCGUCCACCGUGCGCCCUGUGGCAGUUUUGAAAAAGUCGCUGUGCAUGGUCAAGUCCCACUGGAAGGAGAAGCAGGACUAUGCGUUUGCCUGCGAGCAGAUGAAGUCGAUCCGGCAGGAUCUGACGGUGCAGGGCAUCCGCACUGAGUUCACGGUGGAGGUGUAUGAGACCCAUGCCCGGAUCGCCUUGGAGAAGGGUGACCAUGAAGAGUUUAACCAGUGCCAGACGCAGCUCAAGUCGCUGUACGCCGAGAACUUGCCGGGCAAUGUGGGCGAGUUUACUGCCUACCGAAUCCUCUACUACAUCUUCACCAAGAACUCGGGAGACAUCACCACAGAGCUGGCAUACCUCACACGAGAACUGAAGGCAGAUCCUUGCGUGGCCCAUGCCUUGGCAUUAAGGACAGCCUGGGCCCUGGGCAACUACCACCGCUUUUUCCGGCUCUACUGCCAUGCGCCCUGCAUGUCUGGCUACCUCGUGGACAAGUUUGCAGAUCGGGAACGCAAGGUCGCCCUCAAGGCCAUGAUCAAAACCUUCCGCCCGGCGCUGCCAGUCUCCUACCUGCAGGCCGAGCUGGCCUUCGAGGGCGAGGCCGCCUGCCGGGCCUUCCUAGAGCCCCUGGGCCUGGCCUACACGGGCCCGGACAACUCCAGCAUCGACUGCCGCCUCAGCCUGGCGCAGCUGUCAGCCUUCUGAGCACCCAGCGAGGAGGGGCGGGGGCAGGGGCUGCAGCCCCCAGCGCUGCCUUUGCGGAUUCUGUUUUUGAGCCGUGGACUUGGGUUGUAAAUUUAUUUGUGGGGAGUGGGCUCCAGGAAGAGCCACCGUCCCUGCCCCCGUUUUCCCACCGGGGAGUCUGUACAGAGAUUUUUCUACGUUUUUAUUUUUUGCCUCAGAGGGAUGGGAUUGGGUAGGAGGGGAUGGGCAGCGGAGGGUUGGGGGCAUGGUCUGCAGGCUCAUCUGUGUCCGCCUUUCACUCCACUAAUGCUGUCUCAGUGUUUUCUCUCUCUCUCUUUCGAGCUUGCACUCCGGUACCUGACCCGGCGCCCUGGCCCAUCCCAUGCCGGGGGGCCAGUGGAAAGAAGACAGGCCGUCCAGCCCGUGCCCACCUGCGGCGGGGGCACCCAGCAAGCCCGCCCACCGCCCGCUGCCUCACCUGCUUCGCCACAGACUCUUGUUCCCAGCCCCUUGGGGCCUCCGUGUUUGGGGUGAGGGGAGCUGCUUAGAGACUGUGCCCGUCCUCGGCCCCCCACCCUGAAGUGCCAGCACCACCAGCACCAGAUUCUCCGCCGCCACAUCGCACUGAGGACACGCCGGCCGGGCCGCCUCGUCUCAAGUUGUAUAAAGUUGUCUCCGUGUCCCCUCCUCCCUCUGCCCCCAAUGUUUCUUCUGAUUUUUUUUUCCCCUUUCCCUCCCUCCUCUCCGCAUUCCUCCCUUGGUUCAGCACAGGUAAAAUGGUUCCCCUCCCUCCCUGCCUUCAUGGAUCACCAGCUCACGUCAUGUUGCCUUCUCUUUUCUUUGUGUGUGUGUUUAUUUAAGUUAUUUUUCUUCCUCCUCUCCCUUUUCUUUUUGGCCCUCCCUCCCUCCCUCUUCUGCCAUGUAACUGGAGGAUGUGCUAUGAGUUUGCAAACAGCUGGACUGUCAGGCUGCUUUUUUUCCAGAUGUUCCUCCUCUGCCUCCCCUUCCCCUCCUCUCCCCUCCCUUUCCUUCCUUCCUUCCUUUCCUUGGAGCACUGAGCACCAUUUGGAAGCUUGAGAGAAACCAAAAUUAAAGAGAGAGAGAGAGAGCGCA